AUGCCUGGUUUCUAGGCGACGCAUUUUCCUUGCUUUAACACUCCUUUCAGGGCAUAAUUAGCCCCUUUUCGACUUUCAAAACCUUUUUAUUUCCUUUGAAAAAAAUCGCGAAAAAAAGGCUGGAAUCCUUCAAAAUGAAGGUCAUUGUGUGAAAAUCGAAUCGUCAAAAUUCCACUGGAAAAACAAACUUUUGGGAAAAUUCGUUUUUUUUUUUUGGUAAGAAGCGUUUUUCUUUUGAUUUUAUGAUAGCAAGUUCUAUAAAUUUUGGAGAAAAGUAUAGUCAAAAUUAGAGUUUUCUUUAUCAAUUUUACCAGUUUCUCUGGAUUUUUUUCCAUCAUUUUGCUACUUCUCAAAAAAAUCAACACUUUUUUGCAUUUUAGCUUUCUUCUUUUUUCAUAUACAUUCUAAUCACAAAACGAAGGUCUUCUUCCCUUUCAUUAUAUUACUUUUUCUGGUCAAUCGCAUCAAAUAUAACGUUUCCGGAUUAUUUUUCAAUCAUCCUUUUUUUCAUGCUAUAAGCUUUCCAGAUUCGUCGAUUGACAAACGGGUAGCAAAAAAAGAAAAAAAGAAGCGUUUCUCGACUUGGCGACCCUUUUUGCCGCCGGCCGUUGCAACCGAUCCGGACGGGUUUCCGCCGCGACGCGCGAUUUCCAUUGGGCCGACGACUCGGCGCCGAGCACCAUGUCCUGGAAACAGUGCAUCGAGAAGGGCGGAUGUAUCUAUAAUUUUGUUCAGGUCUCCGAAUUCUUUUCUCAAUUCGUUUCAAGCAAAAAUAAGGUUUUUUAAGAAAAUAAAAGCUUUUAAUCAAUCAAAAAAGGUGAACAUUGAAAAUUAUGGUCUCAUUUUUUGGAUAGAUGCACUUUCAGUAGGUUAAAAAGCCACUAGAAAAGUUUUUAAAAAAAUCGAUUUUUUUAACUGGAGAAUGAAGCGAAAUGAUUAAUUUUUUUGCGAAAAACCGAAAAACUCCAAAAAUCAGCCUUUCCCUGAGUAAAUCCGUUCAGGUAUAUAAUAAGAUUUUUUUCCAAAAAAAGAAAAAAAUAUAUCAAAAAAACUUUUUCAAAUCGAUAUUCCGAACCUCACCGUGUUGGCUUGAAUUUUUCCCUUUUAUCAAUAAAAAAAAAAUGUUUUUGAAAAAAAUGAGUAUUGUUUUUUCAUCUAUUAAGCUUUAUAGAAAAUAAAUUUUUUUUGAAAUUCAUCACUGAAAUUUUUAACUAUUUUCACCCAUUUAUCAUUCUGGAAAAAAAUUUUCGAAACCUUCUCAAAAGCUCCAUUUCAAAAUUAUCUCGCGUGGACUUUUCUAUCGUGAAAUUGUCAUUUUCAACGUUUAUGUCUCAAGUUUUGGAAGAAAUUGAGAAGGUUUUUCGAUUUUUCAUUAGCGAUUUUUCAAUAAUCAUGAAAUUUUGCGUUUUGAAGUUUGUUUUUAUUCUUAAUUCCGGUCAUUUUUGUAGAAAUUUCAUGUAUUUGGAGGCUUUUUUGAACUUAUUUUAUCAUUUCAGGCGUUACGAUGGUUUCCAGUGUUAGUUGUUGUAGCGGCAGUUUCCUGGGGAUAUUAUGCCUACGUUUAUCAGCUUUCCAUUGGUUUGUUUCUUUUUUCUUAAGAGAAACUAUGAUUUUGGCAGUUUUCUUCGAUUUUAAAUGCUAAAAGAUAAAAUGAACAUUUUUUUUAGACUUUUAUCAAUUUUUAUUUUUUUCAACCUGAAAAAUAAUUUUCUCAACCAUCUUUUUUUUCAGUUUCUGUGGACAACUGGCCGCAGAGGAUCUUCUACGUGUUGUUUUUCCACAUAUUUCUGAUUCUCUUCAUCGUUUCCUAUUUUCAAACCAUUUUUACCCCGCCUGCGACGCCGCCACCUGAGGUUUGCGUUAUUUUUGGAACAUUUUGAGGUUUUCUUUCAAGAAAAGAUCUCAUUUUUGAGCUAAAAUAAAGUUAUUUAGAACUUUAACUGUUGUUUUUUUCAUCACUAGAAGUUUCAUGAUUUAAUAUUGAUUUUUUUGAAAAAUAGUAUAAUAAACUAGAACUAGGAAAAUAAUGGAAAUUAAAUAUGCUUUUUCCAAAAUAAAAUUUUUUUCCAUGGAAGUUGAUCGAUAAAAGUCAAAAUUUUUUUGGCACUUUUUUUUCGUCAAAAAGUCUGUAAUUUAUCAUUUUAUUAUUGCUAUGGAAAGGGUGAAAGUUUCUAUAAAGUUUGAAUUUUUUUAGUUGAAGAGCGUAUUUUUUUAUUCUUUACCGUUUUGAUGGAACAGUGUUUGAAUCUUCAAAAGUGGAAUAGAUUUUGUUAUAAACUGGUUUCGUUGGUUUUGAAAAUUUGAAUAUUUCUAAAUGAAAAAGUUUUUUUGAAAAACGAAAAGUAAAGCUUUUUUGAAGUUUUUUUCACUCAGUGCCGUCCGGAUAGCGAAAAAUUUAUUCUUUAGGCUCAAAAAAAUUAAGUUUUUAUAAAGUUUUUUUUCGAAUUUCAUCCCGAAACAGCAAAUUUAUUAUUUAAAAAUGUCUUUCAUCGAGUUUUCUUCGAGUUCCGAUUCGAAGGAGAAGCUCUGGAAGAAGUGAUGGCUUGCAAGGACGAUGAAAGAAGACUUCAAGUCGUUCUACAAAGAUAUGCGACCAUGAGGAAGUUGCCGUUGAGGACUAAAGGAUACGACGGAGGUAAAUGUUUCUCGAAAUCCUAUAAAAGGUGUUAUUUAUUGAGUUUUUCGAUAAGAAACAGUGAAUUUUUUCAAUUCCUUUUAUGAGAUUUUAGUUGUUUUUUACAGAAUCCAAAAACUCUUGAGUUCUGAGAAUAUCUCGGUCUUUUUGAGGUUAGAAAAGGUUUUUUUACAAGUUUUUCGAUGAGAACAGGUAAUUUUCGUGAUUCUUUUUUAAAAGCCAUAUUUUUAGGGUGUUGUAAUGAAAAUUUAAUAAAUAGAGAUGGGCUAGGGUUUUUCAUUUAGAAAAAAAUAAACUUUCAGGAUUUUUUUAGUUUUUUUCCAACGUAAAAAAAGGUUUACUUUUUUGAAAUAUCAGACAAAAAUUUUUUUCAGUUAAUAUUGAAAAAAAUGAUUGUUUUUAUCGAUAUUUCGAUAAGAAAAAAAGAGCACGUUUUUUUAAAUCCUUUUUCUGAAAAAAACUCGAAAAGUUUCAUAUUUUUUUAGGAAAAAUUUGAUGUUUAUUUUCGGAUUUAGAGAGAGAAAAAGGUUUUUAAUUGUUGACAGGAUCUAGAAAAAAUAUAUAAUUUUUGAGAUUUUAGGCUAAAAGAUUUGAUUUCAAACACGAAAUAUCUAUCAUUAUAAACUCUUACAGGAGUUCGAUUUUGUGAGAAAUGUAAAUGCAUAAAGCCGGAUCGGUCACAUCAUUGUUCGAUCUGUGGAGAAUGUAUUUUUGUGAGUUUUUUUCUAUGAAUAGGCCAAUUUUUAUUCGUUUUUUCCAGAAAGUUCGACCACCACUGUCCUUGGGUGAACAACUGCGUCAAUUUUAGGAAUUACAAGUUUUUCGUCUUGUUUUUGGGGUCGGUUUUUUUCUGUUUUAUUUUGAGGUUGAAAAGAGGAGAAUUUGAAGCUUUUUGAUCGUAGAAAAAAAAAAUGUUGGGAAGUUAUUUUUCUAGUCCAUUUGAUUUCUGUUUCUGCUUGAACAUGAAAAUUUAAAAAAAGAUAAUUGUUUUUUAUUGUUUCGCAUAAAAAGCAUAUGGAUUUAUUAUUAUAUGGAAAAAGUCAGCUUCAGUUUGUUUAUUUCAACGUUUUUUUCAUUUAUUGAUUUCGUACACUCAAAAAGUAGUUUCAAUGCCUAAAAAUCUUUUUCCGGCAGUUUUUUUAAAGGGACAUAGACGAAAUUUCAUAAAGGUCUCAAGAAGAAUAGCCGUUCUUUUGUUGCAUUUUUAUGUCAAAGGAUCUUUUUUUAAACGUUCUAGCCACGAAUUCUGAUCAUGAAUUAUGUAUUUUAAUUGAUUUUUCAGCAGGAUCAUUAAAAAUUUAGAAAGAAAUACGAGAAAAAUGAAUAUUUUUCCGCAUAUAUGGUAGGAAAAAUCACCGUAUACAUCGCUUUUUUACGCGCUUCGCUUCGAGACCUCCACUUUUUGCGCCUAUAUGAUCAAAAGUUACGAUAUUUUGACUAGAUGAAAACCUUCAGAAGCUGACAAGAAUAGCCAUUUUCAGCUACGGGUUCGCAUUCUGCCUUUUCGUCUUCUUCACAGACCUACCGUAUUUCAUCGAUUUUUGGCGGUCGGAGUUCACCGGACAUUCGCUUAAGGUUAAGAGAAACAGCACUGUGACUCGUCCGCCGUUUGAUCCGUUUGAUUGGCUCCAAAGUCCCUUGUCCCUCACAACGGUUUGCACUUGUCCUGCUUUUCUUUGUCUUUCACCCAAAUAUUAGUGGCUAUCGCGCGCGAUGUAGCCAAGGCCUCUUGCUGCGACAUCGUCAAAGGCUUCCUGCUAUAUCGCUCCUUCUCAUGAAUUUAUUUUUCAAACAAAUAUUUUUUGCUCUGUUUGCAUCUUUUUUCAUGCGAUCAAUAAGUUAAAGAAAAAAGAUUUUUGAAGGAAUUUCUUAGAGAGCGAUAUCGCGCGAGAAGUUUGCGAUGUCGCAGCGAUAUGGCUCGCGGCAGAUUGUUACUUUUGCGGCGAUACAGUCCAUAAUAUCGGGUUUUCACCGUUUUUGUAUCAAUCAACAGCUUUCGGAGGCUUGAAAGAUGAUAAAAGUUGCUUAAAAAUAAGUAAAUCCAAUAUUAUUUUUCUUUGAAAAAGUGAAAUUUCCCUGGUUUUUUUCCGUUUUCAAACAAGAGUUUUUGUGAUUUUCCAUUAUUUUUGGAAAGCUGUUGGUAGAUCAGUAAAAUGUUGUCUAGGUGAAUGGAAAGAAAAAAAGGUUCUGUAAAAAAAAAAAAAUCAAAAAAAUUAGAUCCUGUUAAGAACAGAAAUGAAAAAAAUACGAUAAAAAGUUGAAAUUUUUACAAAGUCGAUCUUUUUCGAAAUUUUUUUGUAAAUCAGGCUCUUUUUUUCUCCAGUUUAUGAGAAGACAUUUUUUUAAAAGUUCAAAAAUCAAAAAAAAAUUUUUCCAAGUUAGCUCACUUUGAAAAGAGUUUUGUUUUAUUUUUGUUUUUUUCCAGAAAUCAAUAUUUAUCAGUUUUUUUAUUAAAAUUUAUUCUGCACAAAAUUCAUAUUUUUUUCGACAAGUGAUCAGAAAUUUUUUUCCAAUUAAAAGUUUGCACGGUGACUUUGUUUUUUUGUGAAUUAUUUUGUGCUUUGCUUUGAUCUCUUUUUUUGCAUGGCUCUAACUUUUAUCAAUCGAUUUUUAUAGCACUUCCCCGAUGUUAAUUAUUCACUUGUUCGUUAUCUCUGUCUGAAUAAAAUGAUAUACUUGGUUCAGCCGGGCAGAUUCCACCUGUUGUUCCUGGUCUUCGUCUCGGGAAUGUUCUCGAUAUCCCUGGCCGCCUUAUUUUUCUAUCAUCUGUACUUGACGGCCAGGAAUCGGUCUACCGUUGGUCAGCAUUUUUCAUUUUAUUCCCAAAAAAAAAAUGGGGAGAAUCACGGCUUUAACGAUAUGAAAUUUGGCAAAUUUUGAGUAAAAUAUUAAUUUUUUUAAAAAUCAGUUUUUGAGUUGAAACGAAAAACAGCAAAAAUAAAAUAGGAAGAAAAUGAUCUUAAAAUUUGCGAAACGGUUCUAAAUUCUGUAGAAUUUUAAAGCUUAAAAUUCGAAUUAGCAAGAAAAAAACGUCCAAGUUAAUAUAAGUUUUUUAAUAAAUAGAUUUGAAAAAAAGAUAGUUUCUCAUUAAAUUCCAAAGAAAAGGGAUCAAAAUAAAUAAAAAAACGUCAAAUUUGACGUGUUGUAGAAGUAUUCCAUUUUUAAAAAAUUUUUUUAGUGCUUCAAUGCCUUCAAAUUUGAGGAAAGGAACAGAUUUACCGUUGAAACUGUUGAAUUCGCCAGUUUCUGAAAGAAUUUUUGAAAUAUAACCGGAUUCAUUGAUAAUUUUGUACAUGUCCUUCCUUCCAGAAUCGUUCCGAGCCCCGUUGAUCGAAGGAAGAUUCGAGAAAAACGCCUUCAAUCACGGAAUCAAGGCGAAUUAUCGCGAGAUUUUCGGCUCGAAAAAGGCGCUUUGGCUCCUUCCCAUCUAUACUAGGUUGGUCAACGAAAUAUUCUACCUUUUUCUUUUUAAAAAAAAACCAAAUUUCUUUGAUAUUUUUUUCGUUUUUUUCAAAGUUUUUAAAAUUUCCUAUGGUUUUUUUGUUCAAAAAAAUACACGGUAUAAAUUCAUGAUUUCCAUAAAAAAACUGAUUCAAAAAUGUCUUCUCCAUUUUUGUUCCACUCUUAUCGCUUCUCUUCACAUCUGAAUUUUUUUCAGUUUUUUUCGUGUCAAAUUGUACUCUUAAAACGUGUUUUUCUGUCCCAAACAUGUUCUGAUUGUUUUUUAAAUAUUUGUGAUUUAUGAUUGUUGCAAGAUUGAAAGAUUUGAAAUUCGCAUGCUUUUUUGCUUUUUUCGUCCAGUUUUUGUGUUUCUGCGUGUUUCUGUCUUUUCAAUGUAUUUGAGUGCAUGGAAAUGAUUUUUCGAUUUUUUAUAGGGAUUAUUUUUUCGAGGUAAAGUUUAUUUUAAUGUGCUUUAUAAUUCAAAUUUUUAAAUUUUUCAAGCGUUCGAAAAAAAGGGGCUUUUGAUAUUUUUAAACUAGAAUCGAAACUAAUUUUUUAAAAAUUUUCCGCAAGUGUUCUAAAAACUUUUUAAAUAGGGGAUUUUGAUAAAUGAGUUUUUUUGAUAAAAUGAAAGUUGAAAAAUUUUUUUCAGGAAAAAUCCUGUAUUUUUGCGUAAAAUUUGAAAGCUUUUUCUCUUUGAAAACUUUCUGAUCUCUUAAAUAUUGUCGGGCUGGAUUCCCAGAGUUUUUAGAGUAUGAAAUUCGUCGAGCUUUUUCAAAAGUUAAAAAGUGCAAAACUCGAAAUUUUAGGUGGUAUGAAAAAAAGACCAGCGAAAAUUCAAACGGCGACUUUUCCGAUUUUUUCAUAUCGCUAGGGAACUUUCCGACGAAUCUUUUUCCGACUUUUUUUCUCGAUAAACUCUUCGUUUUGAAUCUUCCUAUAUAAAGUAGGUAGUUAGUUCAUAAUUAAAACACAAAGAAAUAGGAAAAAAAUGUUAAAAAGAUGUUUUAUUAAACCGAAAAAAACAUAAGGGAAAAAAAAGUCGGAAAAAAAUUUCGUCGGAAAGGUGGCCGUCGGAAAGUUCCCUAGCGAUAUGAAAAAAAAUUGGAAAAAGUCGCCGUUUGAAUUUUCGCUGGUGUUUUUUCAUACCGCCAAAUUUUAUUCUUUUUGCUUUUUUUCAGAAACAUCAUAAUUUUUUUGAGUAAAGUUCCAUAGCUGUUUCUCUCUGGAACCUUCUGUUUUUUUGUAAAUAUUGCUUGGAUUCCGAAAGUUUUUGAAUAUUUUGCAGGAUUUUAAAGCUCAAAAAUCCGAAUUAGCAAGAAAAAGAAACGUCCAAGUUAAUAUACGUUUCAAAGGAUUGAUAAAUCGAAUUGAAUAAAAUAGUUUCCUAUUAAAUUCCAAAGAAAAGGGGAUCAAAAUAAAUAAAGAGACUGCACCUCUUAUAAAAAUGAUAAGUAUUCCAGGUUCAAAGUUUUUAAAAUUGUUUUCAGUUUUCUUUCUCCGAUAAAAUUCUGAAACUUUUUUUCGCGUUUUUCUCUGGACUUUUAUGAUCUUCCGAGUAUUGACAGCAAUGGUUAGAUGAACUAAUUUAAAGCAAAAAAGUCAGUUUGGCUUCAGUUGACCCUGUUUUUUGAAGGUUUCUCUGUGACUAUUACAAAUUGAACCGUAAAAGCUUUUUUUUCUGAAGCUUUGUAUAAUUUUCGAACGUUUAGUAUAUUCCAUUUCAAGAAUCUUGAAUUUAUGAUAGGAAUGUGCAGAUGGAACGAGAAACGCUUCUGAAGCCGAAAAAUCAGCGUAAAAAAUUGAAUGAUUGAAAUGAAAGUAAUUUUCGAGUAAAUUUACCGAUGAUCUUACGACUGUAACGCGUAGAAAGUGAAUUGAGCCAAAGAGAAUGUGCUAGAAUAGAAAAUACCUUUUCAUUUCACACCUUGACUGUGGCCUGUGGUUUUGCAGCCGCGGGUCGGGCGUCGACUUCGAAUUGGCCUUCGAGCGGAUCAGCGGGUUCGGACGUCGCAACGGCGCCUACAAACCGCCCGACGAGGCCCGGCCAACCAACGGCUCCACGUCGAUGACGUCAGCCGCCUCGCCUCCCAGUGACGUCACCGUCGAGAACGGCGGCGGACGACGGUCGACUGUCGAGCACAUUCCCAUCGACAUCCUCUGAUCCUAUUUAUCGACCUUCCUAAUAUAUUCAUAUAUGUUACGCUUCCUUUUUUGUGUUUCUUUUUUUUUCAUUUUGCUCGGAAUGGAUUAGAUUAGAGUAGUCUUGGAAAGUGCGCUCCAGGGAGAAAAUGGCCCUAGAGCACACUUUGAUGACAGCGAGUCAUUUAUUUGCAAAUAUUUGACGAGUUUUGGAUUCUUUGAGAGAAAAUUGAGGUUUUGGAGCUGAAGUGAGGGGAAAGGAUAGAGAUAAUUUUAAAUAAGAGGGAUUUUUAUAUAUUCUUUUCAUUUUUUCGAAGCGGAAAUUUUUUUUGAAUGGUUUUGGAGCGAUUUUAUUGGUUUUAAAAGUUUGAACAUGUUAAGCUUCUGGGGAAAAAGUAGGGUAAACAAUUUUUCUAAAAUUUAUUUUUUAAAGUUUCUGAAAAGCUCAAUAGGAGUUGAGAACUAAAUAAGUUUAUAAUUCAUGGAGAAAGGAUUUGUUUUAAUUGAAAAUAUACGGGUUUAUUGUCCUUAGAGUGAUUUUUGGCUGUUGUUCUUCCUAAUUUAAUUUUUAAGCUUGUCAAUUUUACGCCUACAGCUCUAAUCAGUUCAAACUUUCUCCUUUUCCCACCUGAUUCCAACCUCAUUGACGUCGCUGGAAGUGAUUUGCAGCCUCGGCGACGGCGUUCGCUUCGAGCGUUGGACGGCGGCGAUGGCCCGAAGACGUGCCCAGGCGACUUCUUCUGGAGGCGUCGGCUCCAUUGGCGCCCUCCGCUACUCGCUGCUCAACCAGGCCGAGGAGUCGGCCGAACGUCUUCUCGACGCCGAGGACAACUCCUUGUUCACGGACGAGGAGGAGGAGGAGGAAGUCGAGAACAGAGAAGACGUCAACUUGAGAGUUUAA